GGCCCACAGUUAAACAGUCUCCAAAUGUAAGAAUUGAGAAAUAGCUUAAGAAUGUUUUUCUUUUAUAGCAUGGCAGUGGCUUGUGAAUUAUCUAAGUUUUAUUUAAGUGAUAUCAUACAGACAUCAAAGCUUAGCAUUUUUGAUUGAUAAAGUGCUUUACUGGCUAAACCACCUAACAGAGAAUGUUUACAGCAGCUACCAAGAACUUUGUGAAGCAAGUUGGUGAUACGGGAAGACUAAUUCCUGUUCCAAGUCUAAGUGAAGCAGACAGAUACCAACCUCUGAGUCUUGUUACUAAAAAGAAGGCCAAACCACACUUUUGGAGAAAGUCGAAGUAUACUUCAACACCAUUCACUCUUAAAGACAUUCUAACAGGAGACAAAGAUAUUUCAGCAGGUGUUUCAUCUUAUCAGCUGCUUAAUUAUGAAGAUAAAUCCGAUGUUUCCUUAACUGGCAGAGUGGGAAACCAGCUCAUAAAUGAUGUCGGAUUUAACAUUGCUGGCUCAGAUUCUGUGGCAGUUAAAGCUUCGUUUGGAAUUGUCACUAAGCAUGAGGUUGAAGUACAAACACUGCUUCGAGAACUUAAUAACAGAAAAAUUGAUAUGGAGCACUGUUUAAUUCGCCAGUCAAAAGAAAGUGGGAAGGGAGUCUUAUGUGUUGUCAUGGAAAGCAUUAGGACAACACGGCAGUGUUCUCUAACUGUACAUGCCGGCAUGAGAGGAAAAACAAUGAGGUUUCAGAUUGACGAUGGACGAAAUCACAAAGGACGUGAUAAAGCUAUCAUCAUCCCUGCACAUACAACUAUUGCAUUCAGUGUAUUUGAGAUUUAUGUGCGAUUAGAUAGUCGUCUUGAGCUUUGUGUUGCCUCUGAAUCAAAAGGAGGAUUUGAAAAAGAACAAAUUUCAGAACAAAUAGGAGGCGUGCUUGGACGUUUUUCUAUACACAGACUAAGGAGGUGUUUCUCUGACUGGCUGUAUGGAAGUCCAUUCAGAGCAGAUGACAGAACAAUGAAUAGUUUUUCUAACUCAGACCUAUAUCUGGAAGACUUGGGAACAGACUAUUAUGAAAAGGCUGCAAGUAUGACAGAUAUAUCCACAAGCUAUAUCCGAGAAGGAUCUCAUACUCGAGUCAAUCUCUUAAAUCAUAAUAUCCCCAAAGGACCUUGUAUCCUGUGUGGCAUGGGAAAUGCCAAAAGGGAGACUGUUUAUGGCUGUCUUGAGUGCUCAUCCAAUGGGCAAAAAUAUGUUCGUUUACAUGUUGUGCCCUGCUUUGACCUCUGGCACAAACGAAUAAAAUAAAAUAAAAUAAAAUGUUGCUUUCCAUUGUCAAACAUUAUGUGCCAUGCCUCGAUAUAUUACACUAUUACUUUAGAAUUAACUUUACUAAAUUCAAAGUUAACAUUUCAUUUUUUAUUCAGUAGAGGUACAUUAGUAAAAUAAACAUUAUGGACUACAAUGUAACCUUUAUUUGUGCAGAAAGUGCAAUGGUGCUUGAUAUCUGUCCCAUCAGAAGAUAUUUUAAUUAAAUAAGAUCUAAUUCUACAUUGUUUUUUAAAGUUUACUUUGCAUUGACAUAAUAUAUGUACUGCAUCAGUUUUGAUGGUAUUCAUGUUUGUAUUCAUAGUGAUUUCAAAUAUACUUGAAAAAUUCCAAAAAUGAUGAAAUUUAAAAGGUAUGAUAUCAUGCAUCAAACAUGGGGUUGAUUUAUGUGUUCUUUUCAUAUACUGUAGACAAACACAUUAUGUUUUAGAUCUAUAACACGUUUUAGAUUUAUUCCAUUUUCAGAAGUCUACCUUUUUCAAAUAUGAUUUUAAAUACAAUAUAACAUUUGGGAAAAAAAUGAUACUAAAGACAAUACUGUAUUCUAAAAGUGUAUGAGUAGCACAGAUCCAAAACCCUGAGUUAAACAAAAUUGCUUAAAUAUAUUUGAAUUAAUUUGUAGUAAAGAAUAAUAAAAUGAACAGGUAAGCUUUCCAUUUUUCUUGCAAAAAAGUUACUUCAUCAUUUUUACAAAUUAUUAUUUCAUCCCUAUAAAGCAGAGCGUGAAACCAGUUCAAGACUGAUUAAGAUUUGAUCUAAAAUUAAACAACAAUAUAUUCACAUGCUUAGCCCUAAACCUUCUAUAAAUUGCUAAAGUAGAGUUGCAAAAUUCAUUAACACAUUUCUGAAGAAUGGUUUGAUUGUACUUUUUGUGUUUAUUUUGUGAUGUUUGAGUUUAUUUCUAGCAUGUUUGAUUAUUUAUUGUGUACUGUACUACUAUAUUGUUUUUUGCCCCAUGUUUUGGACCAAGUCUAAGAACUUUUCAUAAUUUGCUGGAUAGUUCAUCAUGAUGUGAUGUUUAAAAAUAAAUAAAUAAACAGAUAAAUGUCAAUAUAAAUGACAGAGUCCCAUACGUUAUUAAUA